GUUGGGGUCUACCGAAAUGUCCGAUGCAUGAAUGUAAUGCGCAUGUUGCGGGGAGAAUGGAUUCACAAUAUGUAUAGUAUUGCUUGUUAUUGUUCAUUACAUAGUUUAUAUGUCAGCAUUAUUCACUUGUGCUACUUCCUGCUAGAUAUUUGCAUGUUGAUUAAUACGUAAUUUAUAAUAGGUUCGGUUAAUGUUGUGACAUGUAUGUUAACAACGCAGAAAGAGAGAGAGAGACAGAGGGAGAGACGCUAUGUGUAACAUUCUGACUUGCUCUGUCAUCGCGGGCCGCAAACUCUGCCAAAUCGAAAUACGUUUAUCUUUAACUAGUGAUUUAAUCGUAAAUGUUCUCUUUACAAAUAAUACAUUAAAUGUUCGUGUUACACAAUCACAAUAAACUAAUAUCACAACGUUUGAACUAAAUACAUUUUGUAGAAGUUUGUGGAGAAUCACUUGUCAAUCCGUUACUCUCUCAUCUGAUAGAUCCAUUUCCGCGCAAUCUGCGGCUGCGUGUGAACAGUAGUGUCUGUGGCUGCGUGAGUCAGCGUGGUGCAGCGGUGGCCACCUGCAGCCGGGGGCAACGGUCCGCUAACGACUGUGGCUAAUUUUGUCCAUACACAAGCAGCACGCUCCGUGGGCCGCCGCUAUUUUUCCCUAGUCUCUUCAUUGUUCUUGCCAAGAGCGAUGCGUGUUCCCUUGCUCGAUUCCUCGGAAUUACAAUUAGGUGUGGCCUAUAUUACUAAAUAGAACGAGACAAUUUUCGUAUUACUUGACGGAAAUCUGUCACAGUCGCAUGGCGUUCACUUUUGUUGCGUAUAAGGUACAUCGAUGUCAGAGUACAGUCACAUCACAAACAUAUUUAUAGAAAACAAUAAAAAUGUUUAAAAUGGAUUUAAACGUCAGAAUUGCGGUUGCCUGAGCUGGUCUGUCCUCCGUAACGCUUACUUGUAGUAAAGCUUUACAGAAGCUAGCCUAUCAUUACCUCAUAUAUUAUUGAUGGGCCACGCUAUACGAUGUCUGUGGCCGGCGCAUUAAUACUGCAGUGCACGUAGCUAGAAUCGUCGCCAGCAACAUGGCGAUCGUUUCCAAUAUAUUGGAGCUCGGCGAGGCCGCAGCAUGUCGUUAAUUACAUUCAAAGACAAUGUCGCGGGUAUCGCACGUACUGGAUCAUUACUCAUUACUUAUUUUAAAUAAAUAGCAUUAUUAUAAGCUCGUCGGGCUCGGAUUCUUUGUUUGUAGGAAACGCGAGAGUGUCGACCUCGCGUGCGCCUUGACAUUUGUUAGAUGUUGGAUGAGAACAGUUGGGCCACCGCCAACGAACCAAGCUGGUGGCCAACACAGCUGACUAAUGUAUCGAGAUGUGAACGCUUUGAGGAGAUUCUUUCAGGAUGCCCUGACUCCUGAUAGUCAUAUAAAUGAUAAUAUAUUUAUGUGUGCACGUCACCAUUACCGAUAGUAUAUAAAAUAUUAUUGUAAUACAACUGUCCACAAGUUAUCGGAGGUCAAGAUUGCGAGGCGUGCUGGGUGUGUGGAGCAGACAGAACUUGUCUUCAGCGCCGACGCGAGCUGUUGGUUCUAAUGUUACCCAAUUCUAUGUUCAACAACAUUUUCUCAGAACAUGCGCGUCCGUUGUGGACGGUAUAAAUAAAACUCGUAAUAAGUACUGCGUUCUAUUAAUUAGAGUAUUCUACGUCUAAAGUAAAUUAUCUUGCUUGGGUAUUACACAGUCGUAGCUCGUAAUAGAAUUAUGUCGAAUUUAAUCAAUCGCUCGUUGUUAGUGUUCGUGUCAGGAGUUCUUUGUGAUGCUCUUUGCAAGUAAAGUGCCAGUCAUUAUGCCGUUUGAUUUUAUUGCAACUUUGAAGGUCAUGGCAAGACACACAAGGACGCGGCCAGCGUGCGCGCGACGCACCCCAUCCCCGCGGCGUGCGGCCUCUAUUACUUCGAGGUGCGCAUCGUGUCCAAGGGCCGCGACGGGUACAUGGGCAUCGGCCUCUCCGCACAUGGAGUCAACAUGAACAGAUUACCCGGUUGGGACAAGCACUCGUACGGGUACCACGGCGACGACGGGCACUCGUUCUGCUCGUCGGGCACCGGGCAGCCGUACGGGCCCACCUUCACCACCGGGGACGUCAUCGGCUGCGGCGUCAACCUCGUCGACAACACCUGCUUCUACACCAAGAACGGACACCACCUCGGCAUCGCCUUCAGAGGACUACCCCCCAACCUGUACCCGACGGUGGGGCUGCAGACGCCGGGCGAGGUGGUGGACGCCAACUUCGGCCAGCAGCCCUUCGUGUUCGACAUCGAGGACAUGCUGCGCGAGCUGCGCGCGCGCACGCGCUGCGCCAUCGACGAGUUCCCGCUGCCCGACGACCAGGGCCAGUGGCAGCAGCUACUGCACAAGAUGGUAUCGUCGUACCUGGUGCACCACGGGUACUGCAGCACGGCGCAGGCCUUCUCGCGCGCCACCGGACAGCCCAUCGACGAGGACGUCGCCUCCAUCAAGAACAGACAGAGGAUAUCGAAGUUGGUGGUGGCGGGGCGCAUCGGCGAGGCCAUCGAGGUGACGCGCGCGCUGUACCCGGGGCUGCUGGACCGCGACCACGACCUGCUGUUUCUACUCAAGUACCGCCAGUUCAUUGAGAUGGUCAACGGAACUGAUGGAGAGGGCGCGCGCAGUAACGGCGUGGCCACGUCCGUCAUCUCACACACGUCGCGCACCAACGGACACGCGCACAACGACGCAGAGGGCGGUGGGGGCGAGGGCGGGGGCGCAGGCGGGGGCGCGGGCGCGGACAGCGGCGCCGGGGACGUGGACAUGGCGCCCGCCACCAACGGACAGACUGGUGCGCGGGCGCUGCCGCUGGUCAAGGGCAUGCCGGGAGUGACGGCCAGCCUCGCCGCGCUGUUGCCCCGCCACUCGGAGUCGGAGUGCGGGUCGCGGGCGUCGGUGGAGCGCAUGCUGGCCUUCGGGCGCGAGCUCUACGCCAUGAGCCAGAAGCUGCAGCAGGACCCCAACGUCAAGUCCAUGCUCGAGCCGGCGAAUGAACGCAUGGAUCGCUUGAUGGACGCGUUCAGUCUGCUGGCGUACAGCAACCCGUGGGACAGUCCCGUCGGCUGGCAGCUGCAGCCGGUGCGCAGGGAGGCAGUCUGCGAGGCACUCAACGCCGCCAUACUCGAGUCGCAGGGCAUGCGCUGGAUCUCCCCGGUGGAGGCGUGCGUGUCCCACUCGCGCGAGCUGCUGCGGCGCAUGGCGCGCGGCGGGCUGGGCGCCUGCGCCUUCGCGGACCUCGCCGCGCUGCUGCGGCGCUGACCCGCGCCCCCGCGCCCCGCGCCGCCGCGCCCUGCGCCCCCGCGCCCCGCGCCACCGCGCCCCGCGGCCGCGCGCCGCCGCGUGCUGCGCCGCGUGUACUGGUACCAACACUACCGCGCCGACUGACUGCCCGGACUGCCCGGACUGCCCGCGCUGCCAGCGCCGCCUGCUGACGAUUCGUUUGGUGACGAGUUGCAAGUAUGAUCCCGAGGCGCGUGUGAGUCGGACGCCGAAUGUUCGUGUAAUAUAGACUUGUUCGAUGCUUAGCAGACGUUGCUUAAGCUUUACUCUGGGUGAUAUGAUACGCCGGCCGAGGAGCCUCCCUCGGGACAAUUUUAUAUGAAUGAAGUGAGAUAUAUAAACGUGUAAUAAUUGUAAUAUGUAACUGUGUGCUCCGCUAUGACCUCGACGAUAAUGGACGUUCUGAGAGAUGAGUUUAAAUUCGAAUGUAGCUGUAAUGAUAUGUGUCGGAAAUGCGCUGUAUAUUGUCUGUAGCGUAUAUUAUAGAUUAUAUCGUAUUAGAAAUUAAACAAGAUAAUUGUAACGGCCGCGGCGAGGCACUGUUGUCGUAAGUUACUUUUUUAAUGUUUUAUUUUAAUGAAUAUUUUGUCGUUCGUCAAACGGUGGGGCUCUCUAGCGCCACGUUCGGUAACUACACUAGAGAACUCGAUUAGUUUGCGUGUACAAAAAUCGAUUAUUGUCAACUAUAUAUUUUGAUAAUGAUUUUUGUUUAUAACACAUCGAAUAUCGGUUCGAUGCGGCGCUGUACAGAUAAUUAUAGUAGCAAUUAAUUUGUAGUCAGCAAUCGACUGACACACAAUUAGUGGUUCGAAAAGACUCGACUGUACCGCAACAGUGUCUCCGCUUUACUUUAUUAUAGAUAUCUAACGUGAUGAGAUGUAGAGAUACUAAGAUUUACAAAUUUCAUUUGUUGCUAUUGCAUUUAGGUUAUGUGCCUGACUGCAUCGUACUCGUAAGUCAGCAUAUUGGUCGGAACCUCUCCCCGGAGCAUCCGUAGCAGGUUGUCCACGUAACUUGUACUUCUAAAUGCAAUAAUGAUGACAAUGUGCAGCGACGGGCGACGGAGCGAGCGCACGUACAAACUGUACACCCGCGUCACUCGCGCCGGUGGCGAGCUGUGGCGGUACUGAACCUCAAUGUUUGUUGUAAAUUACCGAGUUAUGUUGUCAGCACUCUUAUGAAACGUAUGCUACGUAAAGUUCCUGAAUUUAAACUACAUAUUUAGGUACAUUAAAUUUUAAGUCUGAUUUUAUUAGGUUACAGAUAGUUUGAUUGUAUGCGUGAACUUGUGGAAUACGUGGCAGCCAGGUGAUGGCGUGUCUGAUGUGCAGUAUAUUAGUGCCGUGUUCAGUUUGUACGUGUCGCGGCCAGUCGCCAGUCUCCGGUCUGUACUCCGAGCGACUGGCGGCGGUUCGCUCCGCGCCCGUCGCCUCAUGUAAUUUGUUCUGUAUAAAUCAGUCUACAAUAUCCUUCUUAUAUUGUAUUGUUUUCUUUUUUAAUAAUAUAUUAUGUUUAAACCGC